GCUUGAAGAUGAUGUGCUCUUUCAUAUUGGAAUAACAGCUGGUGAUCAUAAAAAUCUCAAAAACUUGUUUGGUGAUGUCAAGUUCGUCUGCAUGGGAGGAAGUACAACUCGCAUAAAACAUUUUGCAAAGUUUAUUCAGGGAGAACUUAAGGACCACUUAAAGGAUGAUAAUGAGCCACUCAACAUGUCCAAGUCUGAUCGCUACGUGCUGUACAAAGUUGGACCUGUCCUGGCUGUAAAUCAUGGCAUUGGAACUCCUUCUUUGGUGGUUAUAAUGCAUGAAGUUUUUAAACUCCUUCACUAUGCAGAUGCCAAAGAUGUGAAAUUUUUCCGCAUUGGCACAUCAGGAGGCUUAGGUCUAGAACCUGGGACUGUUGUGAUCACAAGAACAGCAGUUAAUUCUCUUUUAGAACCAUUCAGUGAGCAGGUGAUCUUGGGUAAAGUGCAGAAGUUUCCAUCAAAUCUGGAUGAAAAGUUACAAAAGCAAGUAAUGGAUUGUAGUGAUGGUUUGCUGACAGCAGUUGGAGACACAAUGUGUGCCCAUGACUUCUAUGAAGGCCAAGGAAGACUGGAUGGUGCCUUCUGUGACUACACACUUGAAGAUAAACUCAAGUUCCUACAGAAGAUCUAUGAUGCUGGUGUGCGCAACAUAGAGAUGGAAAGUGUUUGCUUUGCAUCCAUGUGUAACCGUGCUGGUGUCCCAGCAGCCAUACUAUGUGUUACGCUAUUGGACCGUCUCAAAGGGGAUCAGGUGGAAUUGACACCAAAGCAACAUGAGGACUUUCAGAUGAGGCCUCCCAGGCUUGUGGCCAGAUUCAUCAAGAAAAUGUUAGCAGAGCAAAGCAACAGCUGUGAGUUUCCUCCGAGGAAACGACAAAAGGCUAACUAAUCAUUUCACAAUCACAUCAUCCUUGAUGAUUUGAGUGUCAUGUUGCUGGGGUGACUUGAGAUCACUU